AUGGUUGAGGCUACCCCAGAUAUGGCAAAGUAUUGCUUUGCGGUGAUCUCUAGCGAGUUGAAGAAAGAGGCAAUCCCAAAAGCUCCCCAGAGUAUCCCUGACGACCCGUGCCCUGUCUUUGUCAGCCUCAAGACAGUAGAUGGCGCACUCAGAGGAUGUAUUGGGACCUUCUCUGCCGAGCCGCUUCGUGAACAGCUUAAAAAUUACGCCAUAGCUGCGGCGUGCGAGGACAGUCGUUUUCCUCCGGUUGAACUAAGUGAGCUUCCUUCACUGAGUUGUACGGUUUAUGUGCUGCACUCCUUUGAGAAGGCAGAUGACUGGAAGGACUGGGCGAUAGGCAUGCAUGGAAUACGGAUACGGUAUAAGAGUUACUCUGCCACCUUUCUUCCGUCCGUCAUGUCUGAAGAGGGCUGGAAUCACGAGCAAACCUUGCGCCACUUGCUAAGGAAGGCAGGGUACGGAGGAGCCGUGACAGAAGCCGUCCUCGAUAAGGUUGCGUUGACUCGGUACCAGGAAAGUAAGGCCAGCAUCGACUUCUUAUCUAUCGCUGCAGGGGACUAG